AAGCUCUUUAUAACUGCCGAAGACGAUACUGAGGAAUUCGUUAAAAUUGUUAAUAAUAUUGAGAUCAUGAAGUUUCUGUCUUUCGUGGUUUGUAAUUGUGUAGAUCUUCUCUCUGAUAAAGAUUGGGAUUGCAUCCUCUGUGCUUUGGUGGCCUGGGUUGGGAAGGUUACCAGUUAUGACUCUUACGACAACUUGGAAGUCCACGCGGUUCUUUUUGCGGUCACUGUCUGCAACCUUCUUACCAGAGUUUCUCAUUGCAUGCUGGGAGCUUCAAAGAGCCGGCCGAUGUAUUUCCCACCGAAUCUUUUAACGGAGUGGGACGAUUUCUUCAGUGAAGGUCUAUAUGGUGAAUUGCUUCCACGUUACGUGACACUCGCAUCGGAUCAAUCAGAGUCGGACGAUGUGUUCAAGAAGACCGUAGUAGACUCUAUGGGCGCAGCUCUUUCCAGAUGUUCCAGAGACCAGAUUUUAAAACACAAACUACCAACAUAUCUUUCUGCAGAAGACGAUGCUACACUUUCCCAAAAUACACAAACUCUUUUGAAUCACGUCUGCCCACUGUUGAUCAGUUCCCGCUCGAACGUCCAAACCACUGCCUUUAACAUGAUCGAAAAACUCAUGAACGAAGAGUCACUGUUCUCAGAGAAACCGGAAGAGGACCCAACAUCGUUUGCUGAGGAAGCUUGCGUGAAAUCUCCGCCUAAAGCGAUCAUAGAUGUAAUCAAGAAGUGCAGCGACGCUUUAGAAAUUUUGCUGGUUGAUCACUCCGUAGGUGAUUAUGUUACCGUCGAUGACAAUACUGAAGAACACCAGUAUACUUUUGGGUACUUGUUGUCAUGGAAGCUGGUGCUUUACCUUUUUAAAACCGCCAAUCCACAAUUUAGGGCCAUGUACGCAAGUUACCUCAAGGAAUCUAAUUUGUUUUCUAAGUUUCUUAGUCACCUGUUUAUACUUCUUCCUCCCGAGAGAACUGCAUCUGCUGGAGACUUCAAAAUCUUCGCGGAACAUUUCAUGGAGAAUGGAACGCAAGAUAUUCAGCAAAUAGCUUUUGAGUUAUAUUACCAAUGCCUAGAGACGACUCCUGCGCUGGUUCGUCAAUGGUGGACAGAUUUGGACCGUAAGACCUCAUCACACGUCGAGAAGUUCACCAGCAAAUUUAUGAGUCCAAUGCUAUGUUCGGAUGAAAUUUCGUCCGUCCAGCCAUCUUCGGAAGAUUUAGAAGGCAUCACCAUUAAACCACGUCCAUCAACUAGAGAAGUGGUUGCUACCUACGUCAUGGCGGAAGUUAAAAUUGUUGUCACGAUCACACUUCCGGAAAACUUUCCACUGGGUGUAAUAGCUGUCAACAGCGACAAGCGAGUUGGUGCUACCCAAGCGCAAUGGGACCGCUGGCUUCUGCAACUGAAUAUCUUCCUUCAGCAUCAGAACGGUACAAUCAUUGAAGGUUUGAAACUUUGGAAGAAGAACAUCGACAAGCGAUUCGAUGGAGUGGAAGACUGCAUGAUCUGUUUUUCGGUUCUGCACGGUACAACGUUUCAGCUUCCGAAGCUGCAGUGUCGUACCUGCAAGAAGAAGUAUCAUUCAGCUUGUCUUUAUAAAUGGUUCAGCACAAGUAUGAACUCGACGUGUCCUUUGUGCAGAAAUUUGUUU